GCCUGACCGCCUCGUCCAAGUCGUACGAGAAGCUGUACCCCUCCCUCGCCGGGCCGACUCUCAUCCUCAACCUGCCAUUCAUCCUGCAGGCGGACACAGACUCGUCGCUCCCUCAUACUCUCACGCACACCCGCGCACGCAGCACUUAUCUCGCCCAGCCUUGCCCUGCCUCCCGUGAGCCGCUGCACUCGGAGUGCCGCCGCGGUGCCGCUCUCGCCUGUCGCGGCGACGCAGACGUGCACCUGAUGACCUGUCCCGCCCUCUUCCUCGCCCUCCCGCAGGCCUUUGUCGGCCUCUUCAAGCCCCUCUUCCCAAAGGUGGCACCCUUCCUCUCGAAGCUGGACCAGCUCACGCCGCUGACGACCGACAGCAGCAAGCGCAAGGCCUUCCUGGCCGAGAUCGCGUCGCUCCUCGACACGGGCUUCUUCGCCUCGGGCGGCAACAUGUGA